AUGUGUGACUAUUCAAAGGGUUUGACUCGUUUUCAACAGACACUGGAACUUGAGUUGAAAACACUGUGCCCGAAUCAUCCAUCUGUGGCUACGACAUACAAUAAUAUAGGAGAGGUUUACAAUGCCAUGGGUGAUAAUUCAAAGGCUUUGACUUAUUAUGAACAGACACUGGAACUUGAGUUGAAAACACUGUGCCCGAAUCAUCCAUCUGUGGCUACGACAUAUAAUAAUAUAGGAGGGGUUUACAAUGCCAUGGGUGAUAAUUCAAAGGCUUUGACUUAUUAUGAACUGACACUGGAACUUGAGUUGAAAACACUGUGCCCGAAUCAUCCAUCUGUGGCUACGACAUAUAAUAAUAUAGGAGAGGUUUACAAUGACAUGGGUGACUAUUCAAAGGCGUUGACUUAUUAUGAACAGACACUGGAACUUCGGUUGAAAACACUAGGCCCGAAUCAUCCAUCUGUGGCUACGACAUACAAUAAUGUAGGACUGGUUUAG